AUGCGUUCUGCACAUGCGUAGAACUAAUUGCGUUUCCGGUACGGGUUGCGUAGUGACAGCUACUUUUAUCUUAAGUAGUUAAUUAUUUUUCUCUUAUUUUACUCAAAGGUACACACUAACUGAUAUAACAAACCUUCUAAAGCAGAUAUUAUCGAGGGGUUUUCGUCCAGGGAUUCAGACAUUCAGCCGAUGUUUGGCAUAUUAGCAUUAGCUUUACAGGUAGCGGUUGUUUUUACCAUAGCCACCAGCUAACCGGAAACUUGUUGUGUUCCUAUGUUCUGAAGUGGAGACCCUCACUCGCCUGUCUUUGCCAAUAGCACCAUGCCCGACAGCUGAAAUAAACUUAGGCUGGUGAUUUGACAUCAAUAAUGCCAUGAGAAGCAGAUAAGUGGCCCUGAUACAUGCUGCGGUUUGAUGAGCGGGGGAAAAUGUCGUGUAAAUCAACCAAAGUGGCACCCAGUGUUGACUUUGACCACAGUUGUUCCGACAGCGUGGAAUAUCUGACGCUGAAUUUUGGUCCUUUUGAGACCGUUCACCGUUGGAGAAGACUCCCUCCAUGUGACGAGUUUGUUGGAGCAAGGCGCAGCAAACACACUGUCGUGGCAUAUAGAGAUGCUAUAUACGUGUUUGGGGGAGACAAUGGGAAGAACAUGUUGAAUGACUUGCUCCGCUUUGAUGUGAAGGACUGCUCAUGGUGUCGGGCCUUCACCACAGGAACGCCACCUGCUCCUCGCUACCACCAUUCAGCUGUUGUUUACGGCAGCAGCAUGUUUGUUUUUGGGGGCUACACUGGAGAUAUAUACUCAAACUCCAACCUUAAAAACAAGAAUGAUCUUUUUGAGUACAAGUUUGCAACGGGGCAGUGGACUGAAUGGAAAGUGGAGGGGAGCUUGCCAGUGGCUCGCUCUGCACACGGGGCCACAGUGUACAGUGAUAAGCUGUGGAUAUUUGCAGGUUAUGACGGGAAUGCUAGGCUGAAUGACAUGUGGACCAUCAGUCUGCAGGACAGAGAGCAUGCGUGUUGGGAAGAGAUUGAUCAGAGUGGUGAGAUACCUCCAUCUUGCUGCAACUUCCCAGUUGCUGUAUGCAGGGAUAAGAUGUUUGUCUUUUCCGGCCAGAGUGGGGCCAAAAUCACAAACAACCUCUUCCAAUUUGAAUUCAACGGCCACAUGUGGACCCGCAUCCCCACUGAGCAUUUACUGCGAGGCUCUCCACCACCUCCCCAGCGGCGUUACGGCCACACAAUGGUUGCCUUCGACCGGCAUCUGUAUGUAUUUGGAGGUGCUGCUGAUAAUACCCUACCCAACGAGCUGCAUUGCUACGAUGUGGACUCUCAGACCUGGGAGGUGAUCCAUCCCAGCCUCGACAGUGAGAUGCCCAGUGGGAGGCUUUUCCAUGCAGCUGCUGUGAUUCAAGAUGCCAUGUACAUCUUUGGGGGGACUGUGGACAACAAUGUUCGUAGCGGAGAGAUGUACAGAUUCCAGUUUUCAUGCUAUCCAAAGUGUACUCUCCAUGAAGAUUAUGGCAAACUAUGGGAGAACCGUCAGUUCUGUGAUGUGGAGUUUAUCCUGGGAGAGCGAGAGGAGAGAGUUUUGGGACAUAUUGCCAUUGUGACUGCAAGAUGCCAGUGGCUGCGCAAGAAAAUCCUGCAGGCUCGGGAAAGACAGAGACAGAGGACUAAACAGGAGAGCGGUGAGGAGAGUGAUGAAGGGGCCACAGGAGGAGGAAGCCAUGUCCCAGGAAGCCACAGGCCAUCAGGCAGGCAGCCACUACUGGAGGUGUCCAUCAGGGAAGCAGAAGCCCAGCCUUUUGAAGUCUUAAUGCAGUUCCUCUACACAGACAAGAUCCAGUACCCACGCAGAGGCCAUGUUCAGGAUGUUCUGCUAAUCAUGGAUGUUUACAAACUGGCGCUUAGUUUUAAGCUCUCCCGCUUGGAGCAGCUGUGUGUGCAGUACAUUGAGGCUUCUGUUGACCUGCAAAACGUUCUCAGUGUUUGUGAAAAUGCCAAUAAGCUCCAACUUGACCAGUUGAAGGAACAUUGUCUUAACUUUGUAGUGAAGGAGUCACACUUCAACCAGGUGAUCAUGACAAGGGAGUUUGAACAUCUGUCCACGCCGCUAAUUGUGGAGAUUGUUCGACGAAAGCAACAGCCUCCUCCCAGGCUGUACUCGGACCAACCCGUGGACAUUGGCACCUCCCUGGUGCAGGACAUGAAGGCGUACCUCGAGGGAGGUGGCUUGGAGUUCUGUGACAUAAUUCUCCUGUUAGAUGGACAUCCUCGACCCGCUCAUAAAGCCAUACUGGCCGCUCGUUCAAGUUACUUUGAAGCAAUGUUCCGCUCCUUCAUGCCAGAGGAUGGCCAGGUUAAUAUCUCCAUCGGUGAGAUGGUUCCAAGUAAGCAGGCAUUCGAAUCCAUGCUGCGCUACAUCUACUACGGAGACGUCAACAUGCCUCCAGAGGAUUCUCUUUAUCUGUUUGCUGCACCAUAUUAUUAUGGCUUUUCAAAUAACAGGCUACAGGCUUACUGCAAGCAGAACCUGGAGAUGAAUGUCACUGUGGAGAAUGUCUUACAGAUCCUGGAGGCAGCGGAUAAGACGCAGGCCCUGGACAUGAAGAAGCACUGCCUCCACAUUAUUGUCCACCAGUUUAUCAAGGUAUCCAAGCUCCCAAACCUGCGAUCCCUCAGCCAGUUGCUGCUGUUGGACAUCAUAGAGUCUCUAGCUACACACAUAUCAGACAAGCAGUGUGCCGAGAUGGGCUCCGACAUUUAGGAUGAUGGCAAGAGCUGCACUUUUUUUCAUUUCUCCCUCUUCUCCCAUAAACUGUUUACAAUAUCUCCACAUCAUUCCUCCCUUUACACCUUGCAUGUUUCAGUCUCACUAAUGCCUCAUUCAUAUCAUAACAAGGUGUCCUGAUCGUCAUUCUUCAUAUCAGUGUUGUUUAAUUUGUGUGCACAGACACACAUUAAAACCUGUUUGUUUUGCUCCCUUUUGCUGCUGGUCCCCCCCCCCCAAUGCAGUUUUUCUUACAUGUCGCUUUCCUGCUUUCACUAUCAAACUACAUAACUAGCAUUACUCGCUGCUGGACCAACAUCAUUACAGGAAACGUAGAAGUAUAUGAUGCUUGUCUUAUAUUUAUUCCCGCUCUUAAUAUUCCUGCUAUCCAAAUGUGCGAUGUUGACCACCAUUAACAGGCUUUGUCAGUGUUUAUUUGACAAUACCGCAAUGUAUAUUUAAUGACAUCUGUUAAAAAAUAUUUAGUCAUACGGGUUCCAGUGUAUUUAAAUCCC